CCAUAUUCCAGACGCUCAGUCACGUCACGAACGCGAUUGCGCGCGUGUGUUACUCGAUUAGCUGCUCCACGCUGAUCGAAACGGCUCGAGAGAGAGAGAGAGAGAGAGAGUUCCUGUUUGGUCCCUUUUUUUUACGAAGCUUCCUCUUUUAAGGCCGGCGACAACUUUAUGUAGCAGUCGAACGGUGUUCAACGCGGUGAGUCAACCAAAUUAUCGUUUGGUGACUUUCUCGUAAGAAUUGUUGUAGCAUAAGCGUGACACCUUACUGUAUCAAACAUCAUGGUAUCAAAGAAAUAUCAUCGCUUUCUUCUCGACAUGAGCAACGAAAGUAACAAAGGGCCGCCGAGCGCCAUAACAUUCGGCUUCUCAAUACUGACGCAUUUUCUACUCGUGGCCCCGGUGAUCUAUAUCUUGGUAAUUGCCUUUGGAAACUACAGUUUCUUCUCUUGGCAUCCGAUUUGUAUGUCUGUUGGGGUCGGUCUUCUAAUCACAGAGGCUGUCUUCAGCGUCUCCGGUGAAGCAUACAUCGCUUGGAAGCUACCCAGGCGUAACAGAGUGACAAUACACUGGAUUCUACACACAAUUGGCCUGACCCUAAUCGGGAUCGGUUUUAUUAUCAUCAUUGUUAACAAAGUCAACUAUAAUAGAUCCCAUUUUGCAACAACUCACUCGCAGCUGGGCUUAACAACGAUUAUACUAUCCUUCCUGACCGCUGCUUUCGGAGUCCUGGCGAACAACACCGUUUGGAUAUAUCCGCGCGUAAGGCCGGUGCUCAUCAAGGUUGCUCACGCUUGCGGUGGCAUCAGCAUAACCAUUCUUUUAUUGGCUACCCUCAUCACCGGAAUCUACACCCAUUGGUGGUUUAACUCCGGUGGUACCAGCACCGGAAGAGACUUGACGUUCGCGUCGCUGUUCUUCGCGGGUUUUUUCGUACUCUUGAAACCGAUACUCGGCACCGUUUCGAGGUGCAGAGUUGUAUUCGGACCACCUUCGAGCGAUUCGUAAGGCCUAUCGACAAAGUCUGACAGAGAUCUAAAAGAAGAUUUAAUUACGUCAAGACGCGAACGAAAGACGUACGAAAGUAGUAGUCCAGAAGUAAAAUGCUUACUCAAUCGAUCGGUGAAAAAUUAAAUUGCCUCCGGAAUUAUUAAACUGAUUAAGUUUUGCUUGAAAGACUAACGGUUAUGAAGUUUAAUUUCGGCGAAUGACUUAAUUAUUCUCGACGCAGCUCUUGUAAAAUAUCCAACGGAACGGUGAAAAGCCAAAGAUUGUAGAAUUAAUCCCAGUUAUUUGAAUGUUAUACCUUGUCGGUCCCUUCAGGGAUGUUGUUUGUAUGAAUUGAAGAAGGAGGUGUCAUAUUAGAAAUCAAUUGUAACGAAAGCCAAUGGAGAUCUAAUGGCCAUGUAUAUCAACACUUUAUGGAUGACACACAACAUAUGUUUAUUACACAUCAUUUACACAUAUGCACACGCAUGCAUAUGUAAGUAUGUUUGUGGAUGUGUUCGUAACAUAUACAUAUAUUUUUUUAUAACCCAAUGUACAUAUAUAAUAACACAACAUAUUUAUUUGAUAUUUUUCAAUAUCUUUAUACCCCUACAACACAAAAGUUGCAGCAACAAUGCUGCAACAUUGCAGUAACAUUGCAAUGUUAUUAUGCAGCGAUAUUACUGCAAAUUCUGUACUAUAUGGGUACAUGAUAUAUAUGUAUUACUCACAUAUAUAUUAACACGCAAUUAUUAUUCUAAACUAUUGUUAACAACUUUCAUCUUUUGAGAGAAUCCAGUUCUCUCUAUUUGUUUUUUUUUUAAUUUUAAACAGACUACUUAAAUUAUGAAGCAGUACGUCAAUAUAUACAUAUGUUCUUUGUUAUCUAUUCAAGACAUAUGUACGAUAUAAUCAUUUCUAUCUUUCUUCAUAUUGUAUAAGUCUCUCUCCUAAUACUGUAUAUAUAUUCAUUCAAGGCAUUAUUAAUUGUAUCCUGAUUGUACGCCGUUCAGCAUGUUCUACAUUAAGACUACUAAAAUAUCAUCUACAUUAAGACAACUAAAAUAUCAUCUUUGGUUCUACAAUAAAAUUAUUUUUUUUGCAGAAAUAUUUGUUCUAAUGACAAUAUUUAUGCCACCGUUAUUUAUGUAAAAAAAUACUUUUCCCUUGCGCGGAUCUACUGCAAAUACUUUUGAGAAAAAAAUUUCCUUUUCCAUUAAUUUUCUUUCAUGAAGAAAAGAGGCUUCCUCUAAAAGAAAGCAUCUUUUUCCUAUCAGAUGCUGCAACUAGGAUACAUUAAUUUGUACUGGUUGUUCGCUCUACUGGUUGUUCGUAACGACAUUAGAAUCGUAACCAUCACCGCGAUGACAGAUUCUUAAGUAUUUCAGUAUGACUGUACAGCAAAAUAAAACUUUUAGUUGUUCUAUCCAUUUCUUUUAAUUUUUAGAAAAAUUUUUACUUGAUAUUAUCGAAAGGUACAAAGUAUCACAACGUGACGUAUUUGAAAAGAAAUUAUUUCUUCAAUCACUCACUCUUUAAUAACAAUCAACAAAUAAUUAAUUUGUUGAUUGUUAUCUGAUUUGAUAUUGAUAUGAUACCAUCGUGUCAUCACUAAAUUAUCACGAUUCGUAAUGCGUUACUGCUCUUAUAUAAUCUUACUUAUUAUUAAAACAGUCAACCAUCUCACUUGGCCGAUAAGAGAACUAGCAACAGUGACUAAACAUUAUAUUAAUUGUCAUUAUUUCAUACAGUGAGGUAUUUUUACUAUCAUUGUGUGGGAAGUCGCGUCACAUUAGUUAACCAGUGCAUGGUCUGCAAAAAACAUUAAAGUUAUUGGACAUUCAACUGGCUUGAGGAAACAUUUGCCGAGGAGGGAAACAGUAUGACAUUGGCUCUAACUUUUAAAUUUUGCGAUCUUAAAACAUGGCUUGUUAAAAUAAAUUUGUCUCAUCUCUUUUUUUUUUGCUUCAAGCUCGCUAAGAUACGUGACAGUAUAUACGUUCAAUUCUACAAUUCGUGCAUUAUUCGCAAUGGUUUAAAAAUCGUCAUAAAUUUCUUUAGUUUUCGAGUCAUUUACAUUUAUUAUCUCUAUCACUAAAGUAUUAUCUCUAUCACUAAAGUAUUAUCUCUAUCACUAAAGCCUUUGAAUUCCUAAUUUUGAAGUUAUUUUUGAUUCUCGUUAUGAAUAAAAGUUUUUGAUAUCCAAUUUGUCAACUGCUAAUUUCUAGGCAUUAAGCGACUGACGAUCCGUUUAGUUCGUAAGAUUCAAACAGGAUAAAAAUUUCAAAAAUAUCUUGCACUCAAAAUGAAAGUGCAAAGAUUAGUAUACACUGACUUUCUGACGUGGCGUAUUACGCAGUAAAAGUGAAGAUUAUUCCAAGUAAGAUACGCUUGGAAUAAUUGGCAUAUAGAUAUUAUAGAUAUUCGUGUUUUCAUAUGCAAAAUUUCUUUCAGAGAAGGCCACUCUUUUUACUUACAAAGUUUUUCACUUAUCCCGAGUCAAGUUUUCCUUGAAAAAGUUAUCAAGAUGUCAGUUGAGAUACAAAUCAUCUGCUAGAUUAUCAGCUUAAAAUUAUUCAAAAAAUACUUUUCAUAAAAAUAAAGAUCGCGAUUUUUCCCGUUAUGAAUUAUUACUCAUUAAUAAGUCUAUACUUCCUUCUCAAUAAGUUACAAUAGUUCCCUAUAAGUUACAAACUCUUGCGAUUUUCCUUGUAGGUACUUCUUGUUAUCAUUUUCUUUAUCGUAUCCAAAAUGUCUAAUUUAUUCCCUGAAUGUCUUUACACGUCAAAGAGAUAUGUAUCUAUAAUAUCUAAUAUCUAAUCUCUUUGGACAAUCUAUAUCUACAAGAAGUAUCCACAGUAUCUAUCUACAAUAUAUCUCUAGACACUUAUAUUUACAAUUAUCAAGAAAUAUAUACAUCGAGUAUAUAUCUCGACUUCUUUUUAUCU